UUCGCCAAGUACUCUUCGGCACCGCACCAUUGCGCCUCUUGUUUGACGUACUGAAAUGAUCGCUUCUUCUUCUCUUUUAUCAUCGAAGGGCGCUCGAAUUGUUGGAGCCCUCCCGGGCCGCAGCCUUCGAAGCCUCUCGAAACCAUUCGCCCUCGAGACUUUUCGAUCCCUGAAAACCCGAAGGACGUCUCCGAUCGCCGCUGGAAUGGAAGACGCCGCCGCUCCGAACCCCGCUCCUCCAGCGUCGACUGACGGCGCCGCUGCCGCCGGAGGAGACAGGGCUAGGGUUUCGACCGCCGCGGGCGGAGGGCUGGGAGUGGGCGACUGCUUCGAGCUUUCUCCGUCGACCAUCCUCAAGCUCCAGAAGGGAGACGUUACCACGUGGUUCAUCGACGGAUCGACCGAUGCGAUCGUAAAUGCAGCUAAUGAACGAAUGCUUGGAGGUGGUGGUGUUGAUGGAGCCAUACAUAGAGCUGCUGGCCCAGCACUUCGAGAGGCAUGUUCAAAAGUUCCAGAGGUCUGGCCUGGAGUUCGCUGUCCCACUGGAGAAGCUAGAAUAACACCAGCUUUUCGGCUGCCUGUAUCUCAUGUAAUACACACUGUUGGCCCCAUUUAUGAUGUUGAUAAGCAGCCUGAGGUUUCCUUAGGGAAUGCAUACAGAAACAGCUUGAGGCUUGCUAAAGAGAACAACAUUCAGUAUAUUGCUUUUCCAGCCAUAUCGUGCGGUGUUUAUGGUUCUCUUGCACACCUUCUUUCACAGAUAUCCUUUCAAAGAAGCUUCCAGAAUAGCUAUAUCUACAGCAAAAGAAUUCUCCGGUGACUUCAAGGAGGUGCAUUUUGUUUUAUUUUCAGAUGAUCUUUACAAGGUUUGGCUCGAGAGUGCUCGUGAGCUACUUUAGGAGUUUGUGUGCAAGAACCACUUCUUCUUGUUACUCCUACUGGUAAAACUUGAAGACAGGAGAUCCAAGGCAACAGUAAACUUGAGGUUAAACCAUGAGUAACAAUAUGUUCUGUUUUCUCUGUUCUUCUGGAUGACUGUUAUCUUUCUCUUUAACUAAACAGGAAACUCAAUCCUGGACCCAUUAAAAAUAAAAGCUCCCGGGCAUGGAAAAGUCCUGUAACAGUUGCAUUUUGUAGAUCCUUGCUCUGAGAAAGCCUCCGCUUAGAUGCUUGAGUCUUGGAUUACCGAGCAAAACAUACCAAUAGUUGUGUAUAAGGCCGAGAGGUUAAAGGAUUUUGUCAUUAACCUAGUAACUCAGGUAUUUGGUUGUUUAAUGUAUUUGGUUGUUUAAUUGACCUUCAA